UCAUCCUGACCCGGAAGUCCUGCAUUUCCUCUUGUCGCAUCACCCGUGUGUCGUGUCUGUCAGCUAUUUCUGCUACUUGCAUAAACAACCCGAAUUAAAAUAUGAAACAUUUGACAGGAGAGUGACAGUAAACACUGCAUGAGGAAUGAGACGGUGUUCAUUUGCUUGUGUUUGCGCCCUACAGUAAAGAGAGUGUUUUGGAAACGCUGCUGUUUACAUUUACAAAUUGAGAAAAGAAAAGAAGCUUUGUAUUUGUGAAGAGAAGCUUUGUAUUUGUUGCUCAGGACGGACCAUCCGUGAAUAAUCUGCUUCAUCUGAAUGUUGGGGAUGUGACCUUCUCUCACAUUAUAAUCAUGUCUGUCCACCCCAUCCUGGUCCUGCUGCCCAUCCUUGGGCUUUUUAUGCUUCCAUGUGCGCCCACUCAUUCGGUGAAUGACGUCAAGAUAGUGGCUAAUGUGACUGUGAAUAAGUCAGAGGAGUGUGACAACAAAUUGUGUUCUACAGUUGAAAACUGUACGAUGGCUAUUCUUAAUGAAGAAAAAUCUCUGUGUUUUCUGAUCAGCUGCCCAAAUAAUACCCAGAAAUCUUCUUGUGGAAAUGUCACGAAUUUCAUACAUCUGUUAACGGAUCCAGAGUCUGUCCAUGUGGACAAUAAUGACACAAGAGAAUUGGUGCAACAGUCUUCUGGCACCAAUGCUUCCCAAUCUUCUUCAAAUGGUUCUUCAUCUAGUAUCACACAACCAACUACCACUGAAGCUAACAUCUCCAGUACUUCCACUUCUACAAAACCGGCCACUUUACAAACCACCUCGACGACUAAAGCGACCACCAACCUGACAACCUCAACAGAGAAAGCCACCACAGUUGAUGCAGUGCCAAAACCAGCCAUCACAGAAACCAUUCCAGCAACAACAGCCAUGCCAUCCACCACAACCACCACACCCAAACCAACCACAACCAGCCCUAAACCCUCUUCAACAACUACCAGCACAACAACCACCUCCACAACAGUUGCACAAACCAUAAUUCCAAAACAGCCUUCUCCACCUUCACCAUCAGGGACCAACAUGUCCGUCAUUAUCUCACCAUUAGUGCCUAAAACACCUCCAUCCAAUUCUUCCACUAAACCAGAACAAACUUCUCCCACUCCAACAUCCUCAGAUGAGAAGCCAAUGCCAACCACACCAAAAACCUCAAUGAGCCCCUCAGUAGUGGCACCCAAACUGCCUAAGGACAUUCUCAAAGGGGACCAAGCCAUGGUUGAGGUGGCUGGAGACCCUUUGACCAGCCACCUGUUGAACACAAGCUCUCUGUUGGCCGUUCUUCUGUUUGGCCUCCUCUUUUUCGUGGUCACGGUGGUGCUGUUUGUCAAACAAGCGUACGAGAGCUACAAGCGAAAGGACUACACUCAGGUCGACUAUCUCAUCAAUGGAAUGUACUCUGAUUCGGGGGUCUGACCAGGAUUGUGUGGUUUACAUUUCAAUGUAUUUACAUUUUCGAAGUUUGGUAGCUUAUUGACUUUGGUUUGAGACCCCUUGGUAGCACUCGCUCGCAUUUCAAACGCUCGAAAAGCCCUGUAUGACUUCUAGUUAUGGGAAUCUAGCUGGUGCUCGAGUGAGUUGGUGUGACAUGUAUCUUUUGUUUCUAUGCAGACUUAGCUUCCACAUAAUUCUUGGCACAUGGGGCUGAAGCCUUAGUAUUAACUUAGCCCUCAACCUUCGUUCAACGAAUGUCGUUAUAAGGGAUUCAUAGUGCAAUAUUUGGAAAUGUUUUGUCUAAUCUGUCAUGUUCAGUGUUUCAUCUGCAGCUGAUGAGUUGGCUGCAAUAAUUGCCUUUUUAUGUUUGUCGGAACGGUUCAGGAACAUUCAAAAUUAUGAAUUAUUGCCUUUUUUUUUUUUCUUCUUCUUCUUUUUUUUUUUUUUUGGGUUUGUAUGUGUGAGUGAGGAAUAAAUGCCAAACCAGGAAUUGUGGCACAGAAGCACAUUAUUGUAAAGCCAAGGGAAUAACUCAGCCAUUGUGUAUUUAGUGUCUGGAACAAAGAACAGAUGAUGAUCAUGUUAGUUGGGGAUCAGAGAAAGGUAUGAAGUAUGAUAGUUUGAUAUGUGCCAAAUUGAUUUUGUAAGUCUUAAUAGCUGCACUGUUAAAAAAAAGAUGUAUAAUAAAGAACUUACUUUGCA